AUGUCCGCCGCCAAGACCCAGAUGAAGUCCCGCCGCCUUCCUGUUGCACCUCAGCGUGCGGGUCACGCCAAACAUGAAACCGAACCUUCACACGACAGUAGCUCACCAAACAUCGUACGCGAAGAGCCCAUGGACUCUGAAUACUUUGCUUCUGGCGGUAUUCCUGACAGCCAAACAAACAACAGCUCUGAGCCUAAGUACGCCAAUGUCAAGGUACGCGACUCAGAUGUAGAGAAGGCACCCGACUCUCCAACCCUUGCAAUCAAGAAGGCCCGGUUUGUAAGAGUUGAUGAUAUUGAAGGCACACGUCGGGAGCCACCACGUCCCCGGCCAGUGAAGCAGAUGAGCAAUAGGUUAACCCGGGAGACGUCCAAGCGGGCUGCUGCUGUGAAGUCUCGCAAAUCUGCGGUCGUUGAACUAUCGGACGAAGACGAAGGAUACGGUUCGUACAAUGCCGAAAAUGUGACUUCUGAGACGGGAAAUGGAUUCUUCGAUAUCGAGGCCACGGAGGACGACGCCGACGAGAACGGCAACCUGGCCGGUUUUGUUGUGAACGACGAUGUUGAAGAAGAUGACACCGACAAUGAGCAGGCUGAAGCUGCAAGUAAUAUGGACGAGGAGCCGGAUAACCUUAAAGAAGGCACAUACUCGGAAGAUUUUACUAUGCACGACGAGCAGCCAGAUGAAGACCUUGAACGACGAAGGUCAGCCAGCUCAAGUCCAAUGCCCGAACGGCUCACCUCUCCGGUACACAUUGUAUCGAAGAAACGCCGUCAGGCCGAUUUGUCCGAAGAUGAGGACGUUCGCAAGCCAGUCAAGCGGCAUCUGAGUAAGCAACAAAACUCGCAGCGUGCAUUGCCCAAAGAAGUGGUCGCAGGAAAACGGACGGCGAAGCCUGAAGCUCAGAGGAAGAACAAGAAUGUGAAACAACAUCCGUCUCACAAUGCUUCCAAGACCAAGCAGCAGAGAGGCAGCAAGAUUGAGCCGGGAAAUGCUGUUGAGAGUGCCGUGGCGCCUGAGUCAGAACGGCCUUCUGAUAAGAAGGCAGGUGAAAAGGCUGCGACUCCUGAUAAGCCUCCUGAAGAGCGCGGCUGUGAAGUGACACACGAGAGCAAACAGUGCGAGUUACUAAUUGGAACGUACUUGCAUGCGCCGAUCCUAAAGAAUCAUCAUUUCGACUCUUCAUACGAGAUUGAGUAUGCGGACGUUGGUGUUAUGACUGAUACGGAUAUCUUUCCCGAAGGAUUGAAUGUCGAACAUCUUAGGAAGUUUCUUUCAUUGGCACGUAUACCCAGUGGGUUUAUUGGCAACCCUGCACGGGAUAUCCCCGAAGACUAUCAUUUUCGGACUAGCGGUCAAUCACAAACCCUCUCCUUCAAGAAAGGAGGUGAUCACGCGGAUAUCCUGGUGUUUGGCUUCGUCACCAAGAGCGAGGUCAAGACUGGACGGGAAUACAAUGCAAGCGGACAGACACGCCUACUCAAGAAUGUGGAAGUCAACCUCAUCGCGCAGGAGGGGGAGCGCAUGCUUGCCAUGAUCUCUAUGGUAGGCGGCGGUAAGAAGGCGACUCUCCUCAACGCCGAAGGCGGAUCAGUCACUUUCUCAACGAAGCAUACGCCAGUUGAUGAGUAUGGCGAUGAGAUAAAGAAGAGCGUCUCGGGCAAGCUUACCGCAUCCUUCAUACGCAAGAACGGGUCCACUUCUGCACGCACUGGGCGUGUUCACACAGACAUAGUCCGGCGCACCCGGGAGGGAACCGAGACGAUCCCUGUCUUUGAUUCAAGAAAUCACUUGUACUCGACUGACACGGUUGAUCCUGAGGAAGUACUGACCCAGCGCGGGAGAGUCGACCCUCUAUGGAAUAAAGAAAUUCCUGUCGGGGCGUUUGUUGCCGUGCACAGCACAGUCAAUUUGUACUAUCACCAGAAGCAGAAGACGAAGGCUGUCUCGUUCAAUCUCUCCGCCAUUCAAAUUCUCGCACUUCCCCUUCAGCAGGACGCAUAG